AUUAACAUCGAGGACUGGGAAAACAAAAUCCAGUCACAGCUCAGCGCAUAAACGCCAGCGUUUCUUUUCUUUUUUCUUUUUGGCCAAAUUCAGCAACCUUACAGUAUAAAUACCAGAUUUUUUUGAUCUGAAACCGUUCUCGGAUCUUCCGUGUGUAUCCGUUAUCCAUGGCGUUGAGAUCCUCAGGUAGAAAGCUUUCCUUCAAUAUUCUAAGCGAAAGCAGCUCCGUUGAGGAAGACGACUUCCUUCUUUACCAAUCAAAUAUGGAUCCAAUCGAGAAAAUUUCCGGUGCUACGGAGAAUCCGAAUCGGAAAAAGAAGAGACAUAGGAAGAAGAAAACUCCUGAAUCUUACUCCAUGAUCCCUGAACAUCCGAUCACUCAUUCGGGAUUCAUCGAAUCCAAUUCUGCUGUCCAGAACGGGAACGUGUUUUUGGAUAACAGAAACAGUUAUGUUGGAGGUGGGAGUGUGGUGUGUACAGUAAGUGACGUGACGGAGGAUUGCCAGAGUGUGUUUAACAACAGUGGUAGUGAGCUGAGGCAGAGGAAUGUGAGUAAUGGUGGAGGAGGUGAGGAGAUUGUGUCGUCUUCUUCGCGGGUGGAGGAGAAUGGGACGGUGGAUAGAGAAGUGGAGGUAAGUUCGACAGAGAAGCAUUGGAGUAGUGAGCCCAAUGGGAGUAUUGUUCCGACUGUAAAGUUAGAAACUGCAGAGUCAUUGGAUUGGAACCGGCUCAUGGCGGAGGAUCCUAAUUUUCUCUUCUCGGUGGAGAUUUCACCAGUGAAGUACUUUAUGGAUGAAAUGUAUAAAGGAAAUUCAUUGAGGAGCACAACAACUCUUGGCAGUGAGAUGGAGAGGGAAAGGGUCUAUGAUACUAUCUUUCGCUUGCCAUGGAGAUGUGAACUGCUCAUAGAUGUUGGCUUCUUUGUAUGCUUGGAUUCAUUUUUAUCACUGUUAACGAUUAUGCCAACGAGGAUGCUGAUGACCCUUUGGAGGCUUCUAAGUGCAAGGCAGUUCAAGAAGCCUUCUGCAGCAGAGCUCUCUGAUGUGGGCUGCUUUCUUGUCUUGGCUUCAGGUGUUGCUCUAUUGGAGCGCACAGAUAUCAGCUUAAUAUAUCACAUGAUCCGUGGUCAAGGAACAAUCAAACUGUAUGUGAUUUACAAUGUUUUGGAGGUAUUUGAUAAACUAUGUCAAAGUUUUGGUGGAGAUGUGUUGCAAACUCUAUUUAACUCUGCAGAAGGGCUUGCUAGUUGUUCAGAAGAAAAUCCAAGAUUCUGGAUUUGGAGAUUUAUGUCUGAUCAGGCUUUAGCUAUGGCCUUUUCAAUUCUUCAUUCUUUCAUUUUAUUAGCUCAGGCAAUUGCUUUAUCAACUUGCAUUAUUGCUCAUAAUAAUGCCUUGCUGGCUUUGCUAGUUUCCAAUAACUUUGCUGAGAUAAAAAGCAACGUCUUUAAACGCUUCAGUAAGGAUAAUAUUCACAAUCUGGUGUAUUCUGAUUCAAUAGAGAGAUUCCACAUUUCAGCAUUUCUCUUAUUUGUCUUAGCUCAAAAUAUUCUGGAAGCUGAGGGUCCUUGGUUUGAGAGUUUUCUUUUUAAUGCUUUGAUGGUUUUCAUCUGUGAGAUUUUAAUUGACAUCAUAAAGCAUUCAUUCCUUGCCAAAUUCAAUGACAUAAAGCCCAUUGCUUACUCUGAAUUUCUUGAAGACCUUUGCAACCAGACUUUGAAUACUCAAACUGAGGACAAGAAAAAAAAUCUCACUUUUGUUCCUCUGGCACCAGCUUGUGUGGUUAUCCGAGUGCUGACUCCAGUAUAUGCUGCUCACCUUCCCUACGGUCCUCGGGCAUGGAGGUUCUUUUGGAUCCUCCUCCUAUCUGCCAUGACCUAUGUCAUGCUUACAAGUCUGAAGGUGAUGAUUGGAAUGGGCCUACGAAAACAUGCUACAUGGUACAUCAAUAGGUGCCGGAACAGAAAACGCCAUCUUCACAAUGAUUAAAAACUUACAAGCUGAAAUAAGAAUACAAAAUUACUCCAGAAGCAUGAAGGCCUGGUUUAUCUGACUGCUGAAGUCUCCAGUAUCUUCCUGAUUAAUGAAACAUCAACCGAGAAGCCUCAGCUGCAGUUGUUGGACAUGUGCGAAAAAAUCUUCAGACAGCUUAAGCUUUAAGCUAAAGUAGCAGGAUAUCUGGCCUGUUGGUCAGAGUUUCACUGCGAUAUGUGAAAAGAUCAUUUAGUUAGUUACCCUAUAAUUUUGAUGUACAGAACUCUCUUAUAUUAACUUUUUGUAGCGGUUGCUGGAAACAAAGCAAAUUUUCUGAAGGCUGCAAAUGGUGGCUCCCAGGGCCGUAGUUUGAACUUUUGGCCACCGCUUUCAAGAAUGCAGUUAAUGGUAUGGUAGGGUGUUCUGUGAUUUCGAGCAGCUUGUAUAUGACUUGCCACAUAGGUAGAAGAGGCAUAUGUUCACUGUUUAGCCAAAUUGCGUUUUCAAUUUGAUUACAGAUUAAUUUGAACUAAAAGCCGACAUGGGGAAACUAGCUUUCAUGUUGCUUUGCAAGUUGA